UAAUCGGCUUCCACUUUAGCAAAACAAACGAGACUCUUGACAGUGAGGAGGAAAACAAGGAAACAAGGAAUCAUCCCUCUAGCGGCUGCAGGGCGGGAGGAGCUCUGGGUGAAGCAGAAAGGCUGUGGUUGAUCAGGGGGUUGGGCUGCUCGCUGGUGGAAACCUGCCGAGACACACACGCUUCUGCUCCGGCUGCUCUGCGUUGUUUCCCCGCAGCACCAGCAUCAGCACCAGCAUCAGCACCAGGACCAGCACCAGGACCAGCAUCCCGCAUCCCGCAUCAGCAUCACCUGCUCUCCAUCAACACACACUCACACACACCUCCACCUCCGCCGCAGCACUGAAGACGCAGGACAAGGACGAAGAUCUGAGCAGUCUCCAGGGAAAUAAAGGAAUAUAUUAGGUUAAAGAUGGUGAAACUGGGGAGUAAUCUUCAGGACAAAGGGGCCAAACCCGUGAGUGUGGAGGAUGGCUUUCAGAACGUGCCCCUCAUCACUCCCCUGGAUGUUGGCAGCCUUCAGAGCCAAGCACCUGACAAGGUUGUGGUGAAAACCCGCACCGAGUACCAGACAGAGAAGAAGCGGCUGAAGGUUCCCAAGGUGGAGGAGUUCACCAUCAGCUUCACUGACGGGGUGUCCGAACGACUUAAGGUGACGAUCCUGAUCAUCCUGGCCUUGGCCUUCCUCGCCUGCAUCGUGUUCCUGGUGGUCUAUAAAGCCUUCACCUACGACCACGCCUGCCCAGAUGGAUUUAUUUACAAGCACAAGCGGUGCAUCCCGGCCUCCCUGGAGGCGUACUACGCUGCUCAGGACGCCAACUCCCGGGGCCGCUUCUACACCGUGAUCAGCCACUACAGCAUGGCCAAGCAGACCACCUCGCACUCCGUCUCCCCCUGGCUGCCCGGCGGCGGUGGCGGCGCGGCGGCGCCGGGGCACGAAGGCAAACCCCCGAGCGGCGAGGGCCACUGAGUUAGCCGCGCGGUUCCGGGGUGGAAACACACACGUAGGUACAGGCGAGACAAGGUAGAUACAGGCCGAGGUAGAUAAAGACUCACACUGAAGCACUCACACAUGUCCGUGACUAUUUGGAACAGAAAUAAAUUAAAAAAUGAAUAAAAAUAAGCAUUACAGCUACUUAUUAGUGUAGAGUGAAGGCAUGCAUGCAGACAUCAACACAUACAAGCAUAUGCUAGGUCGUUCUCUGAAUACAUCGUCUGCCCAUUUGUAUGCUCGUCCUCCUACUGAGGGGCAUCGUAUCCUUCCUCCUCACACAUGGGCCCACUCAUGCCCACCUUCUUCACUGACUCUCAUAAUACACGUAUUUCUUUCCGUGACGUGUGGGUGUUUUGUACGUGAUUCCACCUCUUUCUACAAAACCACAGCAUUAAAGCUGGAUUUCGUGUUUACUCUCAGCGAGACUCUCGCGAGCACCAGUCAUUAUUCUAAGUGUUUAUACCGUAGUUGCAUCUUUUUUACGAUCACACCUGCCAAACGUUUCCCAUGUCGGGGUCACUCCUUCUAUAUUUACUGCUGUAACGCAUUUUCAAACUCCACAUUUCAACAUCUACGUAGACGCAGAGGGAAUGAAUGUGUUCAUCUUAUCUGUUUGAUAGCUCCCGUGUAAUGACAUUUUUAAUGUAUUGUGCCAUACAGAUCCCCAGGUGACCCGAGCUGUACAAACAGUUGUGCAUUCGAGCUAGUUUUGUGCGUAUGCUUUGUAGUAGCAAGUUUUUCUUUGUAUUUUGAAUAGAUCUACAAUUCUUUCACGUGAACUACUUGCAUAUUGCUUCAGCUGCCAGUCUUGUAGUUUCAUUAAACACAUUACAGCAGAUGGGAAAGGAGAAAUUGUGCACCACCUCUUGCCAAACCUCUUAUUUUCCCCUGAGUCGCGUUUCCAUUUACACUUUUGCGCAAAAGAAAAUUGAAUCUCUGAAAGUAUCUUUACCUCCAAGACUCUUCGAAACAACAUUUUGAAAAAAAUGGGCUGCAACAUCUUUAGUCUUUGAUAAAUUAUUGCGAUCGCUCCUCAGCUGGUGAGAAAAUAGCCAGAUGAUGAAGCUAGCAGGCGAUCAUUCAAAGAGCUUUUCUUAUUAAGAAUAAAAGCUCUUAUGUGAUGUGUAAUGAUUAAGUAGUGUUUUAGCACAGCUACAUCAUAUUAAUGAGGCCAAAAACAGCCGGAAACUACAUUUUGAUUAUUUUAGACUGACCGCCUACAUCACUUUGAAUCGCCUGAAAAACCACUCCCUAGAAGCAUUAAAAGGUUUAUUUGAUAUUUGGCAGUUUUUGGCAGUUUCCAUUACAGGAUUUCUUUUUCAAUAUUCGGUUUUUGCGCAAAUCUAGCAGUAAUGGAAACGCGCCUCGUGUGCUGUUAUGUUCAUAAAUGGGCUUCAACUGAAGUCAGAUUUGGUUUGUGUACUGUUAUAAUGAUUAUUUUUUAGAUCUGUUGUUAAGAGCGCUUCAAUGAAAUAUUGUGAUGUUCCUAAUUGUAUCGAUACCUGGUGUAAUUUAUCGGUGUGCAGCCUUGUUCCUGCUCUCUUGGUUUGAAUUGAAAAUAAAAACAAGCUG